UUUACAUUAUAGACCACCCAUAUGAAUCUUGCAGCUGCUGAAUUUGCUCUUAGUGAUCAUUAAAAAUGACAUUAAUAAUUCUCGUGUAAGGGCUGCUAGUGAGGUGUUUGUUGUGACAGUAAAAUGUGAAUUAUUCCUUUUCAAAAUCGAAACUUUCGAUCACUGCAUUCCCGUUAGCUUUUCGUUUAAAUAAUAAACUGAUUUUUAAUUUUGUAAAUUUCGGAUACAGUGAAUUCUAUCACAUCAUGCUACCGGGCAUCGGAAUGUUCGGAACCGGUGAAAUUACCAAAGUUCUGGUCCCGAUUCUUCGCGACAAGGGUUUCAAUAUCGCAGCCAUCUGGGGUCGUACAUUGAAGGAAGCCGAAGAAACAGCCCUUGAAUUACAAAUUCCCUUCUAUACUAGCAAAAUGGAUGAUGUCCUGCUGCGUAAAGACGUCGACAUGGUAUUCAUCACAUGUCCGCCUUACCUACACCCUCAGAUCUCGGUUAAAGCACUCGGGAUCGGAAAACACGUAGUCUGUGAUAAGCCGAUGAGUUUGUUUCAAGCGGACGCUUUGAAGAUGGUCCGCGCUUGUCAGUAUUAUCCAUCGUUGAUUUCGAUUGUAAACCACUCGUUACGGUUCUUGCCAGCCAUUGGGCACAUGAAGAAAGCUAUUCAGGAGGGCUAUCUAGGUCCUCCAGAUCAGUUGUCGUUGGUCGAUGUUAAGAUUAGGAUGAGUUCUUUGUUUCACAACAAGUUUGAUUGGUUGUGUGACGAAACAAUGGGUGGAGGCGUUUUAAAUCUUGUCGGAAGCCACGUUAUCGAUUUAGUUAAGUUUCUCACAGAACGCAAAGCUGUGAAGGUGCAUGGUACCGUUCGUACUUACGUUAAAAAUAUGGGUCAGAUUAACGGAAUCCGGCAGAUAACCGCGCCCGACUUCUGCACUUUUCAGAUGGAAUUGGAAAGUGGUACACUGGUAACUGUCAACAUAAAUUGCCACAUUUCAAAUAAUGCCUUCCAUCAGGAGGUAGCGGUUUACGGUGGUGAUGGCCAUCUCACUGUCAGAGGAGGUGAUCUGGUUGCUCAUAGAGUUACUGACGAUACCGGAACAAUCAAGGAAGAAAUGCUAUACUUGGAUGUGCAGGAUUUGCAAUUUUCAACGUCGGAAACAACACUGCCAAGACCGUAUGUGAAAGGUCUUUGCAAAAUGGUUGGUGCUCUAAGAGAUGCUUUUCAUCCUACGAAAGAAUCCACCGGAUGGAUCAAGGAACCGGUUCAGUCUGCGGCCACCUUCGAAGACGGCCUAUACGUUCAAGCGGUACUAGAUGCUAUUCGGAAGUCUAGCGAGGAUCGGUGCUGGUCGAAAGUGAACAUUUGUUCGGAAUCACCUACCAAUCAAAAGUUUCUUUCCGCCGCUCGGAUGACGUCCGCCACGGCCCUCCAUUGAAAUCGAAUGAAUGAUGACAAUUGUUUUUUUAUUAGAGUAAAAGUCUGCUUUAUUUUUUUUUUGUCUUGCAAGUUUUUUUUUGCACGUUAUUUGCUAUACGAUACUAUACACAGCUUUUUUGUGCAUUUUUUACAUACAAAAACAAAUAUGAAAUAAGAAAAAAAUAUAUGUUUAA